AUGUGGAGAUUCCAGGCAGACAGAUUGAGUGGAAUUGUCUCUGCUUUAGCAGCUCUUUGUCUAGCCUGCUUUGCGCAAAGCCAAUCCACUGGGAAUAUAUCUGUGGUGAAAGAGAUUGUGGACAAAUUGCUGAAAGGAUAUGACGUCCGCCUGAGACCUGAUUUUGGAGGUAACCCUGUCACUGUGGGAAUGAGUAUUCAUAUCUCCAGUAUUGAUCAGAUUUCAGAAGUCAACAUGGACUACACCAUCACCAUGUACUUUCAGCAGAGCUGGCGGGACAAGCGCCUAGCAUACAAUGACCUUCCUCUAAACCUGACCCUGGACAACCGUGUGGCUGACCAGUUGUGGCUCCCUGACACAUAUUUCCUGAAUGACAAGAAGUCCUUCCUACAUGGGGUGACAGUGAAGAACCGUAUGAUCCGGCUCCAUCCAGAUGGGACUGUGCUCUAUGGCCUAAGAAUCACCACCACAGCUGCUUGCAUGAUGGAUCUGAGGAGAUACCCUCUGGACCAACAGAACUGCACACUAGAAAUUGAGAGCUAUGGCUACACGGUUGAUGACAUUGUGUUCUUCUGGCAAGGAAAUGACUCAGCUGUCACUGGGAUGGAAAUGCUGGAGCUUCCCCAGUUCACCAUCAUUGAGCAGAGACUGGUCACCCGAGAAGUGGUCUUCACCACAGGUUCAUAUCUCCGUUUGUCCCUGAGUUUCCGGAUUAAAAGGAACAUUGGUUACUUCAUCCUACAGACUUAUAUGCCUUCUAUCCUCAUCACUAUCCUUUCCUGGGUCUCAUUCUGGAUCAAUUAUGAUGCUUCUGCUGCCCGGGUGGCAUUAGGGGUCACCACGGUGCUUACUAUGACCACCAUUAACACGCACUUGCGGGAGACCCUCCCAAAGAUCCCGUACGUCAAGGCCAUUGAUGUCUAUCUCAUGGGCUGCUUCGUUUUUGUGUUCCUGGCACUCCUAGAGUAUGCCUUCGUUAAUUACAUUUUCUUUGGGCGUGGCCCUCGUCAGCAGAAGAAGCAGAGUGAGAGGAUUAACAAGGCAAACAACGAGCGCCACCGGUAUGAAGAGAAGAGGGUGAGAGAGCAGGUUGAUCCAUAUGGCAACAUUCUCCUCAGCACCUUGGAGAUGAACAAUGAGCUGCUGGCCACAGACAUGAUGAGCAGUGUUGGUGACUCUCGAAACUCUGUCAUGUCUUUUGAAGGCUCAGGAAUCCAGUUCCGCAAGCAGCUGGCCUCUCGGGAUGGCUUCGGCCACCACCUUACCUUAGACCGCCAUGUCCCACUGACCCACCAUGCCGCUACCCGCAACCGUGCCAACUGCCGUCUCCGCCGGCGGUCAUCUAAGCUGAAGCUCAAAAUCCCAGACCUGGCAGAUGUCAGCACCAUUGACAAGUGGUCACGGAUCAUUUUUCCAAUCACCUUUGGAUUCUUCAACCUCAUUUACUGGUUGUACUAUGUAAAUUGAUGCCUGCAGCCUCCAAGAGAGAUAGGGACAGACACUCAGACAAUGACAACACAGGAGUGCUGUGGUCUUUUUGGUUUGGGUUUUACUCUUUGCUAUUAUUAGCAUUUUCUCCUUUGGUUUGUUAGGUUUAUUCUAAGCUUACUCUUCUCUUUUCAGCACAUUUAGCAACACAGGGCAGGGAGGGGGUGGGGAGGGACAGGCAGGA